GGGACGUCAUGAUGGAAUCGUCCGGUUGCAUGCAUGGAAUCGUCAGUGAGAAGCACGCAUAUGGCUGAAGACAGUCUGGUGCAGUGUACAGAAUCAGACGACUUUGCUCCUUCAAAACUCGGAACAAAGGAGUACUGGGAUGAGGCUUAUAAAAGAGAGCUACAGACUUACAAGGAAAUUGGAGAUGUGGGGGAAAUAUGGUUUGGUGAGGAAAGUAUGGGCCGAGUGAUCAGAUGGAUAGAAGCACAACAUAUAUCUGAAAAUGCUGCCAUACUUGAUAUUGGGACUGGAAACGGGAUGUUCCUUAUGGAACUGGCCAAUCGUGGCUUUUCAAACCUUACUGGAAUUGACUAUUCCAAGGAUGCCGUCGAGCUAGCCAUAAAUAUUCUGGAAGAGGAAGGCUUGAGAAAUGUAAAAUUUCAGGUGGAGGAUUUCUUGAAUCCCAGCUCAGAAUUGAAGGGCUUUGAUGUAUGUAUAGAUAAAGGCACAUUUGAUGCCAUUAGUUUGAACCCAGAGGACAGAGAGGAGGCAAAAAAGCACUAUGUGACCUCUUUAAGAACUGUUCUGCAACCAGGCGGCUUCUUCAUCAUCACCUCCUGCAACUGGACCAAAGAGCAGCUGAUGCAGAUCUUUAACCCUGGUUUUGAGUUGGUCUGUGAGCUGCCCACCCCUCGUUUCCAGUUUGGCGGUGUGACGGGUAACAGUGUGACGGCUUUGGUAUUUAAACAGAUUGACUGAUCUUCAAGUUUUUAAAAUGUUUUUCAUUGUAAUAUCAUUAAUGUAAUUGUAUAAUAAACUUUUUUGUUAAACGUU